AUGGCGAAUUGUGAUACUUGCGAACGAGAAGUUGCACUCGAUGAUAACUUUUGUUGCUCAUGUGGCACCGAACUUUGUCAUGAGACGAUUGCUAUAAAAUAUUAUUUUAAACAAGGUUACGAAUAUAACACAAUCGUAGAAUUUUUGUGCAAAUUUCAUGGUAUUUCCAUGUGUGUAAGGACACUAAAGAACCGGUUAAAAAUGCUUGGUCUCGGUAGAAAAUCGAUGGAUUUCAAUGAACAAGAAGUACGGGAGAGAAUAAUGCGAGAAAUAGACGGCCCAGGUAGUAUGUCUGGUUAUCGCUCCAUGUUGCAUACUCUUCAACGGGAAGGAUAUAUGGUACCUAGACAAACGCUUGAAGAUUUAUUGAAGGAAUUAGAUCCGUAAGGUUGCAAAAUAAGAUGGACCAAACGGCUGAGAAGAAGGGUUUAUGUAAACCCAGGGCCAAAUUAUUGUUGGCAUUUGGACGGCUAUGACAAACUUAAACCAUAUGGGUUUCCCAUUCAUGGGUGUAUUGAUGGUUUUAGCCGCAAGAUCCUAUGGUUGCAGUUAUCAAGAUCCAACAACAACCCGCAAGUUAUAUUAAGAUUACUUCUGAAUGCUGUGGAUGCAUGUGGUGGAUGCCCCAGAAAAUUGAGAUCUGAUUGUGGAACAGAAAAUGGACUGGCUGCAGCUACACAGUGCUAUUUUACAAAUAAUGAACAAGCCCAUAUAUAUGGUACAUCUCCGCAUAAUCAGAGAAUUGAAGGGUGGUGGUCGUAUUUCAGGAGGAGCAGAGCCAAUUGGUGGAUAAAUUUUUUUAAAGACUUGAUGGAACGAGAAGUUUUUACCACAGGAAAUGAUCUGGAAAUGAGUUCGGUGCCACAUGAGCAACAAAAGUUAUCAUCGAGUGCAACUUCUCGUUCGCAAGUAUCACAAUUCGCCAUGUUUUAA